UUUUUUGUUUUCUUUUGUCCUUUUUCUUUCCGCACGAAAGACUGUAAACCAAAAGGCUUGAAAUCUAAAUACUUAGACCUUAUAUAAGAAACAUGGCAAACGGACCAGAUCUGGAAGGGGCUCCGCAAAGCUUCUAUACCCCUCAACAAACGUUUUUCACAACCACGGAUUCUACCUACUUCAACCCCCCAAUGAACUACCAGCAAAAUGGCCCAAUGAACUACCAGCCAAACGCCCCCCAGAUGUCCCAGAUGCCCCAGAUGGCACCCCAGAUGAUGCCUCAAAUGAUGCCUCAGAUGAUGCCGCAGGUUUUCUCGCCACAAGACAAUGUCUUUGCACCUAACUAUCUCGCCUUUCAAAAGCAACAGCAGUUCCAGUCCAACCAAUGGGACAUGCUUGGCGGUGUGCUUCCGCCAAUGAAUACCCUUCAGAGUCCUCAGGACACCCCAGCCGGCCAGAUUUACGCUAUGAACGCCGUAAAAUUGGCGUCGACGAGGAAACGUAAGGGGAGCAACGACCCGGAAGACAGUAAGAAGCACAAAUCGUCCUUGCAAAAGGCGGAUACCAAGUACCAUGAGGAAAUGAUCUAUGUGGUGGCCGGAGACGAGGAAAUUCUUCCCCACAGUGGGCAGUCUUCCAGCCCUGGCCCUUCGAAGGUGGUCUACCAACAGGGAAAUCCACACACGCGGCACCAGGUCAUACCGAACCAAGGCAAGGUACCAAUGGACUUGAGUGUGCCAAUGAACAAUGGCCAAGAAGCUCAAUCCCUGCUUAUAGCGAUCCAAAACAACCCUCCGGGCCAUCAGCCUACUUUAUACAAACAGACUCCCCAGCAGAUGCAGCCACAGCUAACCCCGGCACAGAUUCAGGAGCUCCAGCUUCGGAUCCAAGUUCAGCGCAACCUCCAGUUCCAGGAGUUGCUCCAGCAGUACCAUCUGCUUCCCUCCUCUUCUCCGCCACAACAGAAUGUUGCGCCUGGGCCAGCUUUUCAGAUUGCUGCCGAAACUUUGGAUACAAAGGAUACUACCACAAAGACCUCCAAGACGGCUGCCACUAAGGCGUCCAAGGCCGCUGCUCCGAUUGCUUCUAUGGUGUUACCGCGCGAGGCGGAAACCAAGACCAACGAGAGCUACGACAGCACACUCAAGAAUUUGGUGACCAAGCUUGGUAGCACGUUGUCUCCAUCAGACAUCCUUGGGAGAUUGAUCGUCCAGCAGCGCGACUACUUCGUGAAGGAAGAUCCGAAGAAGUUGUCGGACCGGAUGAUCGAGCUUUUGUCUCAGUUCUCCAACAAAGAAGACUUUGGCACCGCAAAGGACUACCGCUACCUCGCGUUCCAACAAAUCAACCAGAUCAUCGACGACCUUGACUUCCAGGCGCACUUUAUCCGGUCGAUCCUCUUUAAGCUAAAGAGCUGGUUGACAACCGAUUUCAAGAUGAAGUACACCAAGGGCUUGAAGAUCUGCUUGACGUACUUUAAAGACAAAAAAAUUUACCGCGCACUCGCCGCGGCGGGAAUGGAGAAGUUGUUCAAGCGUUUGGUCAAGCACGAGGACCCUGAGGUGGCUGCCUUGGCCAAAACUGUACAGGAUAAUAUCACACUGAAGGCUAAGGAGGACGCCGAGACUCUCAACCCUGCGGUCCAGAGACCGUCGAGUAUCUUUGAGAUGAAGAGGCCUGCUGCUUCCAAGCCUGUCAGUGUUUCUGUCACGAAGCCCGCCAUCCACAUUGCCACUGCUAAGCCGCAAACAGAGUCCCAACCAAGUGUUAGUCCGAAGCCCGUUACUGCUACGCUCGUCGAGAAGCCAGCUCCAACCAAGAAAUUCUCCAUUUUCGAUUACUUAAACAAGAACAAGGCCAACGCCGCUGCGGCAAAGGAAGCCCCAGAGGUGGAAAUGGAGGAAGGCGACCACCCGGCAGAGGUGACAUCCUACGGCAAGGCCAGUGUCUUGAGACGGAGAACCAGCGAAGCUGACAUGCGGAAGAAGAGAUCCAAGGCUAAGCGUGUGAAUUGGUGUAUGGGCGAGGAGCUCACCCAGGUGCGAGUUUUCGGCGAUGAAGAAUUGGAAGCCGAUUCUGAUUUUGAGCCUUCCGUUCUUCCGGGAAAGGAGGGCGAUGCCUUACAGCUGAGUGAGACUGACCACGACGAAGACGAAACAGAAGAGGCUUACAAGGCGUGGAUAACCCCGGUACAGAUCGAGAUAGACGCCACUUUGGCGAAGCACAUUCCGCCAAAGAGAGGUGGGUUGCAGGAAAUCGACAGCCCCGAACAGAUUGCCAAUAUCAGACGUGUGCAGCUGGUACGAGAAACUGAUUACAACAUUACCACGCCUACUGAAGCCCAGCAUGAGUAUAUCCGUAAGGACUCCGAGAUUACCAAGAUCUUUUGCUUCUAGUGGUUCUGCAGGAGAUUUGGGUUCUAAACUUUUUUUUUCUUUUCGGCAGAAGUGACAUUCCAGGUGUCUAAAUUCAAUAAUUUUCUGUCAAAGCAGUGUUUACGAUGGUAGACCAAGGUAGUGUAAAAGAGAUUUAGAGGAGCUCAGUGACUCUUUAGCCUGAUAGGAAAUGGUAUCGCACUUGCUUUGUAAGAGGCUAGGUUGUUCCGAAGGAGGAUGUGAAUUGAUAUAAAAGGUAUGAGAAGAAAAAUGUUUAUAUACCAGAAAUUAAGAAUUUAUUCG